AUCUACCUUUUUUUUUUGAGUUUUUGAAGUUAGUAGUUUUAUUAGUCGAAAUAUAAUGGCCACUAGUGAUUCAGACUUUAAAGUUCAAAUGUGGAAAGUAAAAAAGUUAAUCAAGCAGCUGGAAGCAGCCAGAGGGAAUGGGACAAGCAUGAUUUCUUUAAUAAUUAGACCGAAGGACCAGAUGUCUAGAAUUGUCCAAAAACUACAAGAAGAAUAUGGAACAGCCUCCAAUAUAAAAUCUCGUGUUAACCGUUUAUCCGUGUUGAAUGCUAUUACUUCAGCGCAAGGGAAGUUAAAGCAAAUUAGUAAAGUUCCCUCUAAUGGGCUUGUUGUUUACUGUGGAACAGUUAUAACAGAGGAAGGCAAAGAGAAAAAAGUGAACAUAGACAUCGUGCCGUUCAGGCCUAUAAAUACUACCUUGUAUAUGUGCGAUAAUCGUUUUCACACAGAAGCCUUAAACGAGUUAUUAAUUGAUGACGAUAAAUUUGGAUUUGUGGUUAUGGAUGGGAACGGUUGUCUCUUCGGAUCCUUGUGCGGAAACACAAGAGAAAUCUUGCACAAGUUUACAGUGGAUCUUCCCAAAAAGCAUGGAAGAGGAGGACAAUCCGCUUUACGCUUUGCCCGUUUACGUUUGGAAAAGCGACAUAACUAUAUUCGGAAAGUUGCAGAGACUUCAAAGCAGAUUUUUAUAACCAACGAUGUGCCUAAUGUUGCUGGAUUAAUCAUAGCGGGAAGUGCUGGUUUUAAAAAUGAACUUGCGCAGUCCGAUCUCCUUGAUCCACGACUGAAGUCAAAGAUACUCGAGGUCACGGACGUUUCCUACGGAGGAGAAAACGGGUUUAAUCAAGCCAUCGACAAUUGCGCGGAAUUGCUAUCAGGAGUAAAAUUUAUGGAAGAAGUCAAACUUAUCUCGAGGUAUUUUAGUGAGAUCUCUCAGGACACGGGGAAGUACUGCUACGGUUACAAGGACACGCUGGCCUCCAUGGAAUCGGGUGCAGUGGAUGUGUUGAUUGUGUGGGAAAAUCUUCCCAUCAACCGACUGGAAGCGAAAAAUCCGGAGACACAAGAAAUUCAAUUCUUGUACUUGACGCCCGAGCAAGAGAAGGACACCGAAAACUUCAAAGACCCGCACACAGGCCAGAUGCUGGAGGUCGUCCGGAGCAUUCCGCUGGUCGAGUGGUUCGCCGACCACUACCAGGAGACAUGCGGUUCCAUGGAGAUCGUGACGGACAAAUCGCAGGAAGGUGCACAGUUUGUCCAGGGAUUCGGGGGAGUGGGAGCGAUUCUUCGGUAUAAAGUGGACUUACAAGAGAUGAAUCCGCUUGAGGAAUUUGACGAACUCGCUGAAUAUGAGGACUACUUGUAGCUAGACAUUCGGAUAGAUUUAAAAAUAGGAUAAAAAAUUUUAGUAGAUUUAUUUAAAAGUUGUCAAUUCGUAGUUUUUAACUUCUCAUCUUUUCUUUUUUCGAUGUCUCUUAAAAAGUCAAUAUACGACUCUCCAGCCAUCGUGCGGUCGUUGAU